AUGAGGGCCCCCAGCGUGUACGGUGGCGCCAGGGGGUCCGGGGUCCGCAUCUCCAGCAGUGUCCCCAGGAGUUUCUCCUCAGCCGGAGCAGGGUUUUCCUCCGGAGCCCGGUCAGGGUUUUCCUCCGGAGCCCGGUCAGGGUUUUCCUCCAGAGUCGGGUCAGGCUUCAACCUGAAAGACGCCAUAGAUGUCAAUGACAACAACAAGAAGGCCACCAUGACCAACCUGAACGAGCGCCUCGCCACAUACCUGGACAAGGUGCGCAUCCUGGAGAAGGCCAACGGAGAGCUGGAGUUGAAGAUCAGACAAUUCCUGGAUAACAAGACCAAACCCGAAGGCCACGACUGCUCCGUUUUCAAGGCAGCCAUCAGCGACAUGCAGGAGCAGAUCCUUUACGCCACCACCACAAAUGGAUCUCUGUACCUGGCCAUCGAUAAUGCCAAGCUGGCCGCUGACGACUUCAGGGUCAAGUAUGAGAACGAGCUGGCCAUGGGUCAGUCGGUGGAGGGGGACAUCGGCGGGCUGAGGAGGCUCCUGGACGAGCUGACACUGGGCAGAUCGGAUCUGGAGAUGAAUAUUGAGUCUCUGCGGGAUGAACUCAUCCAGCUGAAGAAGAACCACGAGGAGGACCUGUUGGCCAUGGGCUCCCAGGUGGGGGGUCAGGUGAACGUGGAGGUGGAUGCCGCACCGCAGCAGGACCUGUCUGUUGUUAUGGGUGAAAUCAGAGAACAUUACGAGACCGUCGCAAACAAGAACCGGAGAGAUCUGGAUGUCUGGUUUCAGGCCAAGUCUGAAGAACUCAAUAAGGAGGUGGCAGUGAGCACAGAGACUCUCCAGUCCUCUCGCUCCGAGAUAACGGAGGUUAAACGCACGGUGCAGGGCCUGGAGAUUGAGCUCCAAGCCCAGCUCAGCAUGAAAGCGUCUCUGGAAGGGACCCUCGGUGACACACAGAACCGCUACUCCAACAUGAUGGGAGACUACCAGAACAAGGUGUUGGUCCUUGAGGGCCAGCUAGCUCAGCUCAGGUCGGACCUAGAAAGGCAGGGACACGAGUACCAGGUCCUGCUGGACACCAAGACCCGGCUGGAGAUGGAGAUCUCCGAGUACAGGAGGCUGCUGGACGGAGAGUUGUUCAGAAAGUGUUGAUCAUCACCAAAGAGUACACUGACGAUGAAGAGGUCAGCUCUGAAAGCCAGGAGGUUUGAGACAACAAACAUCUGUCAAC